AUGUCUGCUCCAUUGACGAUCUUCUGUCAGACCAUAGGUCAUUGUCUACCGUUCUUACGUCGGAGGUCUGUCACAGAUCCUGAAAGAGAACGUCUCUUCCCACCUCCCAACACCAUCCUAACACCACCUCGUCCCCGUUCUCAACUCCCAAGACUGGACAGUACCUCCGCUCUUAGUCGCGUGACAGGUGGUCGGAACGGUUCCAUCUCACCUACGAAGCCCGGGUCGGCAUACGAUUCGACCGAGGAACUACCGAGGUUGGCACAAGAGAAUAAAGAGAGGAUCGGGACUAUUUCAAGGGCGUAUGCUGGUCGAAUGCAACAUAUUCGUUAUUCUUUACCUUCAACACCAAUAACACCUUAUACACCUCAUUCAGCUUUCUCAACACGUUCUUUACAUUCAGGUCCUUCUCAUCCUUCUCAUAACUUUCCCAUCCAAACCCCUCAUUUAUCUCAUCAUCAUAAUCAUAAUCAUCAUAAUGAAUCUCAUACUGUACCCGUUUCACCCGAAACUCCUCUUAGACCCGCAGCUCCUCAUCUCGGUAGAUCAGUUUCAGAACCUGAAUUGGCUUUCGCACCACAUCAACUCCCUACUUAUGGUAGUACAUUACGUGGACGUCCUCGAAGUUCCACUACGUUGAAUGGAUUAUCACCUUUGACAUCACGUUCCGUCACUCCUUCUCAAAGAUCACAACAGGUUUUGAAUGAUGAAUCGCAGCUUACAGGAGGGAAUGUAGGGACGCAGGUUGAUGGAAGGGAUAAUGGAACGCAGAUUGACGGUGUGGAAAAUGAAUUAGGAAGGGAUUUGGAAGUUGAAGAAAGGGGUAGAAGAAGUAGAAGAAGUAUGAGUGUUAGUAUACUUCGAAAUGUUCUGAAUCAAGAUAGAUCAGGAAGUGACGAGAGGGAAAGAGAAAGAGAAAGAGAAAGAGAGAGGGAAAGGGAAAGGGAGAUAGGAGGAGAGGUAGUGAGGAUAGAAUUGGGUUUAAGUGAAUUACCUAUGGCUAGAGGAAGAGGAAGAAGGAAUUCAAGAGCUGUAAGAGGUAGAAGAGUCAUGACUACUUGA